GUCACUCCUUUAAGAUGACCUCAAACUCAGCAGAAGCUGGGAACGUCAUUCAGGCUCUCUGCAAGGCGCGGAGAGGGAGGCAGGGAAGGACAGAGCCCCGCCACUAGGGUGUUUUGGGUGGUUUUUUUCCUUUUUGGUCUGAGGAUGGGAAUGCUCUGGGCUCUUUGAACCACACACCGUUUAGCAUCCAGCGCUUCCACUCCGCAAGCCAGGAGCGCUCGGCUGAGAGCUUGAAGACGAGCUGUGCCACCUUCCCCGGGAGCUCCAGAAAUUUUACUUUUGCGCCUCAGGAGGAAAACCAAGCGAGCGAAGAAGGCUCCCCGGAGGAGGCGCCCGCAGGAUGCCCGGGAAGUGCUGGCGGGUUCUGGUCACGCUGGUGUCGCUGUGGUGCCUGGCGGGCGGCGCGCGCGGCGGCUACGGCAUGAGCAUGUUCGCGGUGCAGACGGCGCAGCCCGACCCGUGCUACGACGAGAACGGCCACCCGCGGCGGUGCAUCCCGGACUUCGUCAACUCCGCCUUCGGCAAGGAGGUGAAGGUGUCCAGCACCUGCGGCCGGCCGCCGGCCCGCUACUGCGUGGUGAGCGAGAAGGGCGAGGAGCGCGUGCGGACCUGCCACCUCUGCAACGCCUCGGAGCCGCGGCGGGCCCACCCGCCCGCCUUCCUCACCGACCUCAACAACCCGCACAACCUGACGUGCUGGCAGUCGGAGAACUUCGUGCAGCACCCGCACAACGUCACGCUCACCCUCUCGCUGGGCAAGAAGUUCGAGGUGACCUACGUGAGCCUGCAGUUCUGCUCGCCGCGCCCCGAGUCCAUGGCCAUCUACAAGUCCAUGGACUACGGCCGCAGCUGGGUGCCCUUCCAGUUCUACUCGGCCCAGUGCCGCAAGAUGUACGCCAAGCCCAGCCGCGCCGCCAUCACCAAGCAGAACGAGCAGGAGGCCAUCUGCACCGACUCCCACACCGACAUGCGGCCGCUGGCCGGCGGCCUCAUCGCCUUCAGCACCCUGGACGGCCGCCCCUCGGCCCACGACUUCGACAACUCGCCCGUGCUGCAGGACUGGGUCACGGCCACCGACAUCAAGGUGGCCUUCAGCCGCCUCCACACCUUCGGCGACGAGAACGAGGACGACUCCGAGCUGGCCCGCGACUCCUACUUCUACGCCGUCUCCGACCUGCAGGUGGGCGGCCGCUGCAAGUGCAACGGCCACGCGUCGCGCUGCGUCCGCGACCGCGACGACAACCUGGUCUGCGACUGCAAACACAACACGGCCGGGCCCGAGUGCGACCGCUGCAAGCCCUUCCACUACGACCGGCCCUGGCAGCGGGCCACGGCCCGCGAGGCCAACGAGUGCGUGGCUUGUAACUGCAACCUUCAUGCCCGGAGAUGCCGCUUUAACAUGGAGCUUUACAAGCUUUCAGGCCGCAAGAGCGGAGGGGUCUGCCUUAACUGCCGGCACAACACGGCGGGCCGUCAUUGCCACUACUGCAAAGAGGGCUACUACCGGGACAUGACCAAGCCGAUCACCCAUAGGAAAGCAUGCAAAGCAUGCGAUUGCCAUCCCGUGGGUGCAGCUGGCAAAACCUGUAAUCAAACCACAGGUCAAUGUCCCUGUAAAGAUGGUGUGACUGGCAUCACGUGCAAUCGAUGUGCCAAAGGCUACCAGCAAAGCCGAUCUCCCAUUGCCCCUUGCAUAAAGAUUCCUGUUGCUCCACCCACCACUGCGGCCAGCAGCGCAGAAGAACCUGCAGAUUGUGACUCAUACUGCAAGGCAUCCAAGGGGAAGCUGAAGAUUAACAUGAAGAAAUACUGCAAGAAAGAUUAUGCGGUGCAGAUCCACAUCCUGAAGGCCGACAAAGCUGGCGACUGGUGGAAGUUCACCGUCAACAUCAUCUCUGUGUACAAACAAGGGACCAACCGGAUACGGCGUGGAGACCAGAUCCUGUGGAUCCGCUCCAAAGAUAUAGCAUGCAAGUGCCCGAAAAUCAAGCCCAUGAAGAAGUACUUGCUGCUGGGCAAUGAUGAAGACUCGCCGGACCAGAAUGGGAUCGUAGCGGACAAGAGCAGCUUGGUGAUACAGUGGAGGGACACAUGGGCUCGGCGGCUCAGGAAGUUCCAGCAACGGGAGAAGAAGGGGAAGUGUAAGAAAGCCUAGAGGAAGAGGUGGCAGCGGAGCGUGAAAGAGAGACUGUGCAUGCUGCUUUGUGUAGAACCUGGAGCAGAUAGGGAUUGGGAUUAGGGAUUUUAUGAAGGAACUCACUUUGCAGUUUGUGUG